AUGGAUCCUGUACUUCCCAAGCCCGAUUAUCUACGUGAUUUGGAGUGGUAUUGGCCUUUUGCCAAAUUCCCCCUCGACCCAAACGAUCUUUUUACCACGCUUCAUGACCGCUUUAAUACCAGACCAUUUCCUUUACAAGACCCUACUGCAUUCCACAGAGAUGUGUAUGAAUGUGCUGAUAACUCAGAUACAAUAGACGAGUUUUACUCGCAACUAGAACAACGCAAGGCUCAGCGAAUAGAAGAAAUGUCUGAAGGGUGGGAUGAAGUCAGUACUUUACUUGUGUCGUUCCCUACUUUACUAUCUUGCCAGUUGUGCUACGAUCCAGAGACCCGUGAUGUCAAGAUGAAGCCAGGUACCAAAAAUGACUCGAUGGCCCAGCGGCAGUUCGCCUUUCUUCAAUAUGCGCGCUGCAUGUCAUUUGACAAUCUGGUAACGUUUUUUGACGGCUAUGUUAGAGACCAAAGAGAAGAACAGGAGAGGAUUAGACGCCGGGCAGAUGAAGGCAUCGAGAGGAUGAGGAGGGCGCGGGCCGCUAAGCGCGCAGCCGCCGCGUCUGGAUCUGGAGCCAUCGAGGCGACUUCUUCAGGCUCACCACGCAGUGCAUCUUCCAGAAUAACACGCAGCAAGCGGAAGUCGCCUCGCAAUGCGCCGUAUUCAAAUUCACAAAGCCCGGCGGCUUCAGCAGUUGCUACUGAGAAGCCAGAGCCCGCAUCGUCCUCGAGGCGGAUCGGCCCGCACCAAGCCGACAGGCUGCCGCCGGGACAAACAGCCGAGAGUUCAAAAGUCGGAAAGAAGAGAAUUGACGAAGAUGCGCCUAGAUCUACUGGAAAGAGACGGCGCAUGGCCAGAGAAGACGUUGGCGCCGAAGAUGUCGAUUCAGAGAGACUUGCUGUUGGGCAAGACCAAUCAGGGGCUCCAGAGGCUGCGCCGACUCCUGCGCGUCGCAAGAAGCGAAAAUCAGUGGACGAUUUUUCAGGACAAAGAGGGAAGAAAAGGGCUAGAACAACUGACAGUCCAAGCAAGAGGUUAAGGCAAUCUCCAAGACGAUCAGCUAAUCAAGAUCAACCAGGUAGAGCCCCCUCGUCAACUGAGAGAGACUCUAGUAUUCCCUCUACUGCAGUGCCUUCCAACUACGAUCCAGAGGCGGUAGACGAGGAUCGAAUACAAGGGAACCCUGUACUCGAACCAAACAAAGCCUUCUACAUAGAAGAGCCCACCCAAUCACCUUCAGACAGAAAUCAAAGAGAUACAGUGGAUCGCAGCCCGUCUAUUCUGUCUGAGAUCCAUGAUAUGACGCAGAUACCCGUACAAGAUUACGACGGAGAACUUGCCCACUUACACACGGCGCACCAAUUCAUUGACCCAAACAGAGCCUUCUACACAGAAGAGCCUAGUCGGUCGCCAUCAGGGAGGAAUUCAGAGAUCACUCAAGCAAAUCAGGAGAUUACACAAGCAGAUGAUGAUGACCUUGCGGAUGAACGUACUACCAUGACUUCUACUAGAGCAGCAGAACGGAAAUCACCCAAAAGAAAGCUUCAAAAGAAGCCUCGAACCUCGAACCGACAACGAGUCGACAAGAGACGCUCAAUCAAAGAGCAAAAUCCAUCAUCGCCGAAGAAACAAUCUCGACGGAAAACCCCCCAAGAGCGAAACCCCUCGCCGCCCACACAACGGCUUUUACGCUCCACACGGUCGUCUAGAAGAGACGCUGGACAGGAACUGUGGUUUCUUGGUGAUGAUUCCGUGGCCCGCGCCGUUGGGAAUAUAAAGCGGACAUAG